AUGCGUAUUAUUUUCGCACUCCUCGUCGUGACUAGCGACUUAGUCACGGAAAAAUCGUUUAGCUACGAUGCAAGAAGUGGCCAAACAUCAAUGCUGCAAUUGCCCAGAUGUGAUCGCUACAGCAUGUAUCUAACAAAAUGCAUAGAGAACUUAUUGCUAAUGAUGAGGCCUUACUUUGCCACGGGCAUCCCGGAAUUAAAUAUACCACCUUUCCAGCCGUUUCAAACGGAUUAUUUUGAUUUUACAUUACAUAAUGCAGACUUCAGGGGAUAUGCGGUAUUUAGGCAAAUAAAAUUGUUCGGUCUCUCAAACUAUCAGGUGGAAAGUGUAGAAGUUUUUUCCGGAAUGAGAGAAAUUAAAUUUCAAACGUACAUCCCAUUAAGCACAUUGCGCGCUAUUUAUAGCAUAAACGCUACUAUCUCCGGUAUAUAUAUAGAUAGACACGGAUACCAAAUGCGAAGCACUUUAAGCGGCAUUUCUUCCAAUGUACACAUAAUAGGAGAUUAUAGGAGAAUAAACAACGAAGACCGUUUCGUAGCGAGCAAUGUCUUUGUGAAAUUGAGCUUCAUACACGUCAUUUUCCAACCAGAGUUUAUCGUAUGUAACCGCACCCAAAAAAAUAUAGAAACAUGCAUAGAGAAGAGUAUACAAUCGAUGCGACCUUAUUUAAAGAACGGUAUUCGGAUGCUGAAUAUAUCAUCUAUCGAUCCCUUCAGAGCGGAGCACUUUCAGUUUACCUCGAACAAAUCCUUUAGCGGAAUUGCGAAAUGUGAGAGUUUAGAGAUGGACAAUUUCUCGAAGUUCACGGUAAUUAACGUCGAAUACGAAUUUAAAGGGAACUUUAUAGGCGCUGUAGCCAAGGUCACAAUAAAUGGUGAAUUUUGCACAUCGGAUAGCAAUCACGAAGAAUUUUUCAACGUGCGUGAUGUCUCAGUGAUAUUGAGCAUAAGAUCAGUCACAUCACACAUAAAAAAUCUAGUCGAACAAGAUGCUAUACUGGACGAAGUAAAUUCGUAUCUAAACAGCGACUGGGGACAGAUAGAGAUACGGAAAGAAAUAUUGCCCGAAUUCCAGAGGGCCGCUGCCACUGUUAUCCGUUCAAUCGCUAAUAAGAUCUAUUCAACAUACCCGAUAGAAUUGUUGAUGCCAAAAAUCUAA